AUGGUGAGUGAACAGGUACCUUACGCAAAGAUGCGGAGAACGGCAGCUAGACUUUGUCGCAGAAGGGCGGCUCGGCGUCGCCGUAAAAGGGCGACUCGGCCUUCUAGUCCUUCCUAUCUUCGCGUUUGGUCGGAGCCAUGGCAGCCUAGUCGCCGCGAGUCGGAGCAUCGGAUUUCCUCACUGCUCUGGAUGGCGAUUUCUCCCCCCCUCGAGCGCCGGGAGUUGGGAUAUGGCUUCCCUGCGCCACAGGCUGCUUCGUUGAGGAGGGGUGCGGAAAAGGGGGAGACGGAAACCUCCAAUUCUGCCCCAUUCCAGACAUUUGGCCGCGGUACGCUUUGGUGCUGGGCUACCCCGGACUCGGGUAACCGAUGGAGUAAUGGUUUAUUCCAAGGUUUGCUAGACACGCACAAGCACUAUAUGCCAUCCAACCUAUGCGAACCGUACCCGACCGACUACAAGCCGUAUCCGUGUUAUACAUACAAGCUACAUACGACCGAUCAUACACCAUACACACCGGGCUCAUGCUAUCAUUACUCUCAGGAUGAUUACAAGCCUUAUACCUUCGAUUCGUACAAUCUAGAUAACACAGAGCCAUACACCGCGGAUUCUCCAUUCAAGCAGUGCACCACUCAAAACACCAUAGACCAAGCCCCACCCACCAUCCAUUUGCCUACCCGGGGGCUCGGGGAUACCAUAACCCUAGCCCGAUAUCUCGAUAUAGUCACUUCAAUUCCAAAAUUUAGUCACACACCCGAAGUGGUAGCGCAGAGCUGCCCUAAACAACAUCUCGUCAUAUCUCAAACUCAAACACAGCAACAGCAGCGGCAGCAACAACAGAGACUCCGGGACCAAGGCACGGAAUCUUCUCAAGAGCAUCAAACGCAGCUUCAAACCUCCGCCCUAUUCCAGGCAUUUAGGGCUCUCGCACUAUUGGCUCUCCAUAAUCAAUGCUUAUCAAUCCGACAAUGCACAUCACCAAAGAUCCACCUGACCUAUUUGCAAUGGAGUUCCUCUCUAUCAGCGCCUUCAAUGAGGCUGCUGCUAGUCUAAUCCCGUCUUCACAUCAUCAACCACAAGAAUAUUACCCUUACAUUGAUGACUCAUUACCAACACUAUCACCACUCACUCCCGUUACCACUCCCGCUACCACCACAGAAACACUCCUCUUUGACCCCUUCCCAGACAUUGACACCACAGGCGUGGAUCCGAAGGACCUGAUGAAGGAUUUCCGGGACACAUUCACACAACCAAUACCUCCAGUCCUGCCACCAUCGCCACCACACUCCACACCCUCAACUUCAUCCUGCCCAUCCUCCUCAACACCCACACCCUCCGCCUCGCCCCCUCUAACUCCACCCUCCAAACCCCGUCGUCGCCAACGAAAACUCAGGCGGGAUAUUACGUACGGCUGCGCUCUCCCCACCUGCGCUCUCCCCUCCCACGCCCCUCCCAUUCCCUCGCUUAACCACCACCACCAUAUCGCCGACGACCCAAUGCACAACAAGCGCCUGUGCUGCCGAUUCCCGGAAUGCAAUGCAUGUCCGGGCUUUACUACGCGCAAGGAUCGGGACAGACACGAGGUUUCGAAACACAAAUCUGAGCACAGGUUCGCCUGCUCUGUGUGCGGAUUGGGAAUGGCCAGGCUGGAUAACAUGAGGGUGCAUGUGCGUGGCGUGCAUCCGGGGCUUACGGAGGAGGGGGUUGAUGGCGGGAUUAUCAAGAAGAGGGGGAGGUAAAACGAUGGAUUAAUAUACUAGUAAAAUAGCUCCCAGGAAGUGGGGGUGAGGUUGGGGGUGUUUUUGUUUUGCUUUUUUGUUGUUUUUUCUGAGCGUCUUUGUUUUCCCCCGUUUGUUUUCGCCUUUCUUGUUUUCGCCUUCCUGGUUUAUCCUUUUUUAUUUUCAGCGAUUUUUUUGGCAAUUUUUUUUGCUUUUUUGUAGUUUAGCCACCAUAUUUACACAUCAUGUCUAUUAGUAA